ACUCAAAACACAAUAUAUAGUAUUCCUAUUAUUACGAAUAGUAUUAGUGCUGUACUACGUUCUUACAUUCCGCUGCAGAGGUUGUACAAUGUAUCACACGACAACUACAUAGUGUUGUAAAUAAACAUACUUUAAAACAAACGAUACAUACACCUUGCCCAUCGGAAUUGGUUCAAAGUCCGAAGAGGAGAACCUUACGGUUUAGUUCCCUCCCACAAUAGUAGUACUAGCACUAGUAACAGUUUUACCAAUGUGGCGAUUGCUAUAAUAAUAAAGUAUAAUGCUAGUGCUAGUCAAUUGAUCAAAGAGAAUACUAUUAAAGAUUCAGAAUGACAACAACAUUUGUGGCUUCUCUGUCUAUUCUUUGUAUGUUAAGUACAUCUACCUCCAGUAUUGCAGCUAGACCAAACUUUGUAAUAUUUUUGGCCGAUGACCUAGGUUACGGUGAUGUUGGGAGUUUUGGAAAUGAUACAAUCCAAACUUUUAACAUUGACAGGAUAGCUGCUGAAGGUGUGAAGCUUACCCAUCACCUCACAGCAGCUGCAGUUUGUACUCCAAGCAGGGCAGCAUUGCUAACUGGAAGAUAUCCAGUACGAUCAGAGGUAGAAAGAGAACUGUUAACCCUUUCAAGAGGUGUCACUGGCAUGGAAUCAACUUUUCUAAACAAAGUAUUUCUAUUUAUGGCUCAGUCUGGUGGUCUACCUGAAAAUGAAACUACUUUUGCUAGAAUUUUGCAAGAUGAGGGUUAUGAAACAGCCCUUAUUGGAAAAUGGCACCUUGGUGUGAAUUGUAAUAAACAAGGAGACCUCUGCCAUCAUCCACUAAAACAUGGAUUUCAUCACUUUUAUGGACUUCCACUAACAAACCUCAAGGACUUUGGUGCAGAUGGUUCUAGUGUUGUAACAUCCUUUAUUCCCCACUUUUAUGGCUAUAUGAUAGCCAUAUUUAUUAUAGGGUGCACAACAGCCCUAAUGGUUCAUAAAUGGUCCAUACCAGUUUGUCUGUUAAUACUGUUGCUGUUCUGUGGUAUACCACUAUUAACUGUAAUUUUUGUUUGCAACUUGAAACUAAUCAAUGGAAUAAUCAUGCGAAAUCAGGAUGUGGUAGAACAGCCAAUCAGGCUGACUAACCUUACACAAAGGUUCACCUUAGAGGCCAAAGAGUUUUUAUAUCAGCAAGCUAAUUUAAACAAACCAUUCUUCUUGUUCAUGCCAUUUGUUCAUGUACAUACUGCACUAUUUAGCAGUCCAGAGUUUGUUGGAGUAAGUGCUGCAGGUCGUUAUGGUGACAAUGUUGAGGAACUGGAUUGGGCUGUCGGGGAGAUACUUCAUACGUUAGAGAAACUGGAGGUGAAAAACAAUACUUUUGUAUACUUCUCAUCAGAUAAUGGUGCCCAUGUUGAAGAGACUGGACCUGAUGGCACUAGAGAAGGAGGAUAUAAUGGUAUAUUCAAAGGAGGCAAAGGAAUGGGUGGAAUGGAAGGAGGGAUUCGUGUUCCUACCGUAGUGAUGUUCCCUGGAAGAAUACCCGCUGGUCUUGAGAUUAAUACUCCUACUAGCCAAAUGGAUUUGUUCCCUACCAUAUUGAACUUGGCCAAUAAAACACUGCCCACUGACCUCUUAAUAGAUGGAAAGAAUAUGAUGCCUCUACUAACAGAGCAAAAGGUUACCAGAAUUCACACAUUUCUUUUCCAUUACUGUGGAAGUUGGAUUCAUGCUGCUCGAUAUAUCCCCGACACAGGGAAUGAUAUUUGGAAAGUGCACUACACUACACCAAACUGGGUGCGAGAAACUCAGCACUGUCCAUUUAUGUGCCAGUGUUUUGGGAGUUAUGUUACUCAUCAUAAUCCACCACUUCUUUACAACAUAGCUACAGAUCCAGGAGAAAACACCCCUCUUGAUCCAACAACCAGCUCUAGAUAUGCUGAAAUUGUAUCAAUAAUCAAUGAUGCAGUUGAAAAACACAAGCUUUCUGUUCAAACUGUACCAGAUCAAUUCAGUUUUGUAAAUGCAGUCUGGAAACCAUGGUUGCAACCUUGCUGUAGUUACUAUGCUUGUCAUUGUAAUGAUCCUAAAUAUUCCUCAUAAUGUAUCAGAUACAUCAUCAUGUCAGUAUUAGAAAACCCAUAUUACCAUUACUCUUCUUACAAAAAUCACUUUAUUAAUGUUGCAAAGUUCUUAGUAUUCCAUUUUCCUGGUAUAUAUUACCUUUUAUCUCACUCUACUCUUAUGCCUCCGAAACACUGACAAAACCCAUUGACUUGGGAAACAACAUUCUUACAUUACUUAAAUACUGGCAAAGUGUACAUGCAUAUAUACUUCUAAAGUGAUGCUGAGAAAAUAUGUUUACACUGAUACUCAUUGUAGAUAUUCUGUAUCAAUACUAUUACAGUUAUGAUUCUCAUGGUUUAUGGUCCACAUAUUUUUUCAUGUUGUUAUGUAUGAUUUUAGUAAUUUUUAAGAACUACAGCUGUUUAUGUUAAUCAAAUGAAUCUUCUCUAUCUCUCUCAAUUAAACUAAAAAAUAUUCCAGAUUUACAACAUCUAUAAGCUUGUGCUUUAAGAACAACUUUUUAGGUUUAUAAUCCCAACUUGAGAAAGAAACAUGCAUACAUGUUUGUCUAGUGAUGUUACUUAUCAGUACAAUUUAGUAUUUAUGUUGUGUUUUGAAUUAGACAGUGUAACAGAUAGUGUUUUAAUUCCUUCACUGGCAGUUUUUCAGACACCAGUUGCACCAUCAUGGAAAUUUUUGGGCUUACUAUUUAAGGUUUUAAUGGGCAUUCAAUCGAGUUGUUUGUGAAACAGUAAUAAUAUUACACUGCGUUUACAUACUGUUUGACACAUAAAGGUUUAUCUUACAUGCUUUUUAAAUCAUGUGGGAAGAGCAGUAAUAAUAUGUUGUAAUACUUCUGUGUAAAAAUUUUUAUAUGCAAAAAAAUGCAUAUCGUUUGAAAUAUUUAUCCUACUCUGUUUUAUUAAUUACUUAAAAAUACUAGCGAUAUUACCCAGUUAUUCAUAUUUCUGGACAAAAAGUGGAAAAUGUAAAAAAAACUUGAUUUUGUGGAUCAAGUGCAGUAUUAAGUAGGUCACAUUUGCAUUUUUGACCAUCAUGAUGUGUUAGUGUGUUAUAUUUACAGGGUCAGUUCUUGAUGGUAAAGUGCCUUAAUUUUUUUUAUUUCAUGUAAUUAAAUGUGGAGAAACCAAAAGGACUUGGAGCAUAAUCAGAUUUAUCUGUUUUAAAUUUUGAAAGUUUUUAUUUUGCUUUGUUCUUUAUGUUCAUAGCUGGUUUUGUGUUUCUGUAUUACUAUGCUCGAGGUAGAAAAACUUUAUUGGUUGAAAGAUAAGUCACAAUUAACUAGAGCUAAUGUCAGACCAGAUGUUGAAUGUGAAAAGUAAAAAGAUUAGGAGGACAAGCUCAGAUUAAACUGGAGAUCUUCACAUUUUCAAUUUUAUGAUAUACCCUACUGGGAAGCCAAUCAACCAGAACUUUGUUGAUCUGAGAGAUUUUUUUACUUCACUUUAUAAUAAUGGGUAAGAAACAUGGGAGAUCAAGGGCAAAGACCAAUUUAUUAGCAUUUUUGGAAAUUACUUUAUAAAAAACUGAUUUUUAGAAAUGUACUUUUAAAUUAUAUGUUAACUGACACUUGUUGAAAAAAAAAAGAACAUUAUCCUCUAAUUGCGAUAGAUAUGAAAAAGGUUUUAUUUUACAAAAGUUUUACAUGUUAAAAGCAUUAAACUUAAUAUUUAUAAAAAUUCUUGAAUUAGAGUAUUUUUCAAAAAAAGUAAAAUUGUAUAAUUUGUACUUGGUUUAGAUUUGAACAGAGUUGUCUUUAAUAGUUUGCAAUAUUGUUUUGACUAAUACAUUUAGUUUAAGUUUAGUCAAAUAUGGAACAAAUAUUAAUUUUUGAUAAAAGAGUUAGCACACAGGAUAAAACAUAAAAAGUGCAAUGAAUUUAAAAAAAAAGACCAAAAACAUGAACUUGCAGGUUUGGCAAUGCUUGCUAUUGCAUGGGUGACUUCCACCAGGUGACGAGUUAAAAUGAACUUUAGUGUUAACUAAGUGUGAUUUGAAAAGUUUUUCUGAAACAACAGGAACUUUUGUAAAAACGGAUUUUAAUCAAUCAUUAAGUUGAAUGGGGUAAAAGUGUUUUUUUUUCAGUAUCUGGGUUAGGUUUUUAAUUUUGGUUGAUAGGCAAUAACCAGUGAAGCAUGAGAGGAAUUUGUUUUAGGUGAUUGUUAGCUUUGUCAACUUGUUGAAUCACAGUGUUCUGCUUAUAACCUGUAGCUUGUUUUAACAAAUCAGUAUUGAUGGUCAUAGUUAUUACUGUUAGAGCAGAUUUUCUUGAAUCUAAGUUAUUAAUUGAAUGUAAUAUUGUAUUUGUUGUGUGGAGGGUGACAGGUUUAAAAAUGUAAGUAUUGUGGUCUAUCAAUUGUUUUUCAGUACAAAUCAGUAUGUUAGGCUUACAUCUAAGAAACUUAUUUGAGUGGUGGAGUAAUCUAAAGUGAAGUUAAUAGAGACUGACAAAUUUUCUGAUAAAGACAACCAAAGACAGUUUAAAAUUACAACCCAUAACCUGCUAUAUGAAAAAUGCUAUUUACUUAAUCCAGUGUUGAAAUUGUAACUUCCAGUAUGUAGGUCAGACCACAACAACUAUAUAGGAACAGUUUAAUAACUACAUAUCUUCAAUAAAUAAAGAACUUCCAGUUGAAAAACACUUUAACAUGCCUGACCACUCUCUUGAAGACAUUAAACUGAUAAGUAUAGAGACAAAUUUUACAUCAAACUGAAACAGAGAAAUUGAAAAAACUUACUGGAUAGCACCUUUAAACACUGUAUCACUGAAUGGCAUCAAUCUUGAUCCCAGGAUUGUUGACCCAUGUCUAAAAAAAAAACAAAUUCCAAAAACAGCUUUGUAUUUAAAUUCAUUUAUUUUUACUUUUCCAUUUUUUACUAUUAGUAUUAUUCAUAUUUUUAUUUGUGAUUCUAUUUCUCUAUAUUAGUAGUAUUUCCUAUAUAUAUUGUUUUACAUUAUCAUUUUCUCUAAUUCUCAUCCCCUUUUGUUUUUUAUUUUACUUUUCUAUCUUAUAACAAGUGUUUUAACAUCUUUUUAAUUAUUAUCACUGUUAUGUCUUUCAUGUAACAUACACAUUUGUCUUGUACAAACUAAACCUGACACCAAUGUCUCCAGUUAUGAUUGGCUAGUUAUCUCAUCUGGCUUACGUGACAUCAACAUUGUUCCUAUAUAUGUUACAUUGCACUCACUAAUCCUGAUGAAGAAUAGUCAAAUAUUUGAAAGUGCAUGAGUUUUGGGUCUUUUUUUUUUAAAUUCAUUUCACCAAAUAUUCAUAAAUGCAAUGAUUAAAAUGACUACAGUUGUUAUUUAUAUCAGGGAACUUAACCUUUUAUAUACUCACAUUUAACUAAUGUUGUUGCAAUGCAUUGUUACCGUUUAAUUUUAACAAUUUUUAAACCUCUAAUAAGAAUUAUAAUUUACCUACCCUCUAAAUGUAAUGGAAAUUGUGCUGGGUAGGACCUAGUGGUUAGUGUACCCAGCUUGUGAAUCAAAGGGUUCAUGAUUUGUGUCCUAUUGCCACAAAAACAUGCUCCAUGCUUUGGGACUAUGGAGCUAUAAAGAGUGGAGUCAAAUCCCACUAUUCAGUCACAUAAAAGUAGCUCAAGAGUUGGUGAUGAGUGCUA